AUGCAAAAAAACAAUAGAGAGAGAAGGAAUCUGCGCAGAAAGAUUAAAAUUCUUCAGAAAAGUGCCAUUGAAAGAGGCCUAAAUGGGGUGCUUUUGCAAGAGUACAAUUUUGUCUGUAAUUAUAAGCAUGAGGCUGCGAACAAAGGAUCAAAUAAGAAGCUGAUUGUCGCGAUUGUUACAAGCUUCAUAGUGGGGGUGAUAAGCCUUUAUUUUGUGAACAGUAUUUUAAGUACAAGAUGUUUGUUACCCAGUAAUUAUUUGGUGUGGGAAGCGACGCGGCCGCUCGCCGAUUGUGCCUAUUGCGGCAACGUUACGAAACCAAUAAUAUUACGGAACAUCUCCCGCCGCGAGUUUGUUAGAUAUGCAUAUUCGUCGGGACCCAUUAUCGUAAAAAAUGCAAUCAGGAAGUGGAAAGCAACAAGGAAAUUCAGUUUCAAGUUGUUCCAGCAGCUAUACGAAAAGACAGCUGGGAGCUAUGAGAGUCUGGAUGAAGGGUGCCAAUUUUUAAACUUUAAGACUGACCUUUUUACCUUACAAGAAGUAUUUUCUAUGUCAGAGGCUAGAAUUAGAAAUGAGGAAGGACAGAAGCCCUGGUAUGUGGGAUGGGGAAACUGUCACCCCGACAUCCUGGCUAAUGUGAGGCAGUAUUAUGACAUUCCAGAGUUUCUGCCGCUGGAUGCUGAAUUUCCAGCUACAGAAAACAUAUUCUUUGGAUAUGAGAUUGGAGCUGUUAUGCAUUUGGACUAUAUAGCAAGAUUAAUGUGGCAGGGACAAGUCAAAGGAAACAAGACAUGGUCACUUGCCCCUGUGCCAGAAUGUGACCAUGUCUGCCAGAAGUUUGAUUUCUAUGUAGAGCCAGGGGAUGUUGUGCUAUUGGAUACUAGAAUUUGGUACCAUGCAACAAGAAUCCCGAAGGGUCAAUUCUCAAUGACUGUCCAGUCCGAAUAUGGAUAAUGGCUAUACCUCUUCUUUUUUCUUCAAGUACAAAUGAAGUAUUUUACUACAUAUCGAAAAUGCCAAAUUUUUUACUAUUCCUUAUUUUAUUGGAACUAUUUAUUUCUAUGUACUCUUGUGCCAUUUUUAUGUAGUGCAACUACUGUUAGAUAUAAGUAUCAAUG